CCCAAAACGUUUGCUUCUAACGGUCUGUGUGCACGCAGCGUGACCGCGCUUCGACGUCUUGUCAAGCAACAUGAACCGAAUUCUUUUUCAUCUUUUCGCCGUGGGAGUCUGCGUUGCAGUCGGCCAUGCUCUGCAGUGCUACGAAUGUAAAAUUGGCUUCUGGAACCUAUGCAUCACCAAGAAGAUUAUGUGUGACAAAGGGGAGCAUUGCUUCACCGGCAAAGGCUUUGCAGCUGGCUUCGUGGACGUCACCAUAAAGGGUUGCUUAGCGGAGUUAGAGUGCAACUCCACCAAGGAUGUGAAUUUCCCCUCCAGCAGCAACACGACCAUCUACAAGAUGACCAAGACGUGCUGCAACAGCAACCUGUGCAACGCCGCGCCCGAAAAAUCGGGCGGGCCGCUGUUCCUCGCCACCGUUGCCGCUCUGCUGGUGGCCAACAUGCUGGUGUAGCCACAGGCAAUGUCACAUUAUCCUCUUCUGCAAGCUCCUUCAACAGAAGAGGACUCUAGAUGUUUUGUUUUGGUUUGGUUUUUUUGCAUUGUUUUUGAAAUAAUUUCUAUGGCUCAAGCUGAAAUUGUGUAGUUUAGAUGUCUCUAUUGCCUCAAUCUUCAUUUUCAUCCAUUCUUUGACAAAGUGUAAAUGCGUAACACUGAUGAUACAUUAAAAGGUUAACCAGCUUGA